AUGCAAAUCCCAGCCAUGCCUCUAGGGCAAUUGGCCUCCUGGCCCGCAGAGGAGCUGUCUCUUUCUAAACUUAUUUAUGCACGCAGGGUCGCUCCCCUUUCGGCUUCCGCCUUUACUGAACUUUUUAAUCGUGUUGUUGGAAGGGAGAGGUGGCUCAAGGUGAAACAAACGCGCCCGCUAGGUUCUUUCUUUGGCCGCUUUUGGUUUGCUUUUUGGCUUUUGGCUUGUUUGUUUAUUUAUUUUGGAAAGUUGGCCAUGUGGACGCAUUGCAAGCCGAAGCUGUCAAACUGCGAAGUUUGGUUGCAAAGCUUAGGGCAAGCAGGGAAUCAAAAGUGCAAAGCUUGGGGCAAAAGGCCAAUCGCGUUUUCCAAAGGCUGGAAUCAGCAAGUGGAGGCCAUGGAUCAAAAAUGCUCCUCACAACACCCAAGGGAGCUUUUUGCCAGGAAAGAAAUUGGUGUCUUUUGUCAAGAGCAGCCUAGGAUUGGAAAUCCAUACCUGGAAGAUGCUUUUCUUCAGGAUUACUUGAAAUCACAGCUACCCGCUGAGGUGUUUGCUGAUGAAAGUUUAGACCUUGAACAGUUUGGGGCUCGAGUGAAGGAUGAAAUUGAUCUCCUGGGACGCGAGUGUGAGAUAAACCCUCCACAACUUAAGCAGUUUGAUGCCUGGGGGCGGCAUGUGGAUGAAAUUAUCACCUGCCCAGCCUGGAAGAGGAUGAAGGAGAUCUCGGCUGAGGAGGGGCUGAUUGCUGAGGCUUAUGAGAGGAGAUACUCUAACUGGAGCCGCAUUCAUCAGAUUGCAAAACUGUACCUUUUCGCACCUUCUUCUGGUCUUUUUUCAUGUCCUCUGGCCAUGACUGAUGGAGCAGCAAAAGUAAUAGAGUCCUUGGGUAUCCCCAAACCCCUCAAAGAAGUUUUUAUCCACUUGACAUCACGUGACCCUGCCAAAUUCUGGACUUCUGGCCAGUGGAUGACUGAACGCAGAGGGGGCUCUGAUGUUGCUAGUGGCACAGAGACAGUAGCCCUGGAACUCCCUGAUGGCAGCUACAGUCUCCAUGGCUUGAAAUGGUUUACUUCGGCCACUGAUUCAGAUAUAACUUUGACACUGGCAAGGACCAUGACUGCUGAUGGACAAAUACAGCAGGGCUCCCAAGGUCUGUCUCUGUUCUACCUGAAGAUGCGCGAUGAGGAAGGGAAGCUGAAUGGGAUUGAGAUACAACGGCUGAAAGACAAGCUGGGCACAAGGCAACUGCCCACCGCAGAGCUCCUCCUAAAUGGAGCCAAGUCACUCAAGAUCUCUGCAGAGGGCCGGGGUGUGGCUUCCAUUGUAAACAUGAUGACCAUCACUAGGAUCCACAAUGUCAUUUAUGCAGUUGCGUGCAUGAGAAGAGUGAUCACCCUGGCAAAGGAUUAUGCCACCAAGAGGGAAGCCUUUGGGAAACCCCUGAAGGCUCACCCUUUGCACAUGCAGACUUUGGCUCGAAUGGAGGUGCAAGCUCGAGGAGCAUUCCUGCUGAUGAUGGAGAUAGGGAAAUUGCUUGGACUGGAAGAAACCAAGAAGGACACUGAACAAGACCAGCACAUGCUUAGGCUGCUGACGCCUGUUGUCAAACUUUACACUGGGAAACAAGCUGUUGCGGUUACCUCAGAAGGGCUGGAGUGUUUUGGAGGGCAGGGCUACAUGGAAGAUACAGGCCUGGCAGGAAUUUUGCGGGAUGCCCAGGUGCUAACUAUCUGGGAAGGAACAACCAAUAUCCUCUCUCUGGAUGUUCUGCGCUCCCUAGUCAAGAGCCAAGGAAAAGUGCUGGAUGCAUUUUUCUCUACUGUCCAGGCCAGGUUGAAGGUGGCGCUUAGCGUCUCUGAACUGGAACUUUUUGUGCAAAUGGUUCAAAAUGCUCUCCACAAACUCAGACAGUUCACUCAGAAAAUAAGCUUAAAGGGGGAAGCCGGGAUGCAGCUGUCUGCAAGAGAUUUUGCCUAUGCUCUGGCACGGACCUAUGGAGGAGUUCUCCUGCUGGAAUAUGCUGCCAGGCCGAAUGCAUCAGCCACAGACAUCUAUAGUGCUCAGAGAUGGUGUCACCAAGACAUGUGCCCUGUAGACAGUGAAGACAAAGCUGGGUCUUAUAGCACUGGAGCAGCUUCUCUGGAUACUUCCUUGGUUUAUGACAAACACCCAGUUCUGAAAGGAAGACUGUAAGAAGGAAGGCAGAAGAAAUGCCAUGCACUAUCCUGGAAUAAAGGAGUUAGUGGGGAGAGAGACAAUUCUGAUACAAUAAAAAAAGGUAUUGCUUACCCUGAAGUAAGCUGGCAAAGACUGCAGUAAAUAAAAGUAGAAAGUUGAGAAACAAACAGCCUUUGUCACAAAACACUGCA